GGCCCACUCCUUGGGAGCACCUCCAGUUGGCUCCCCUCCCUCCCCCAGGGCUGACCUGUAUCUCCAGCCUCGCUUCCAAAGACCGCUCGGAAGGACUCCUGGCCCCUCCCGUAUCAAUGUAACGCAGUUGGGGGAAAGUAGGCAGGGCAUUUUUAACGGAAAUAAUCUCAGGACUGCAGGAAAUACCCGAGUUACAACAAUGGGUCUACACUAGGGAAAACCUCCCGGAAGCUGUAGGUUGGUUCAGAGCUGGAAUACUUAGGGGAAGUGGCCCAGUUUGAAUGGAACAUAAAAAAAAAAACAGAAACCGAAUGAAAUUAUGCCACCAGUCAUAAAUGUGUGUAAUGUGUUAUCUGAUCAGGAAAUUAAUCAGCACAGACAUGUGGAUGACAAGAGGUCAUGGGUCAUGAACUUCUCUCUCUCUCUCUCUCUCUUUUUCAGUAAGUAAAAUAAAAUCCUUGUUCCCAGGGUGACUGGAGGAAGGCUGCCUGGAGCUUGCUGCCCCUGCACUCCUCAGAAGUACCCCUUCCCAUUGUAAACUAUGGCACAGACGAAAGGGGCUGGGGCAUUAAAGAGCCCUUUCUAAGGUCUCAGGAAUAAUCAAAGGAAAAAUGAAGGCAGAAGAGACCAAAUCAGCACUCUAAGCCCUCUGAGACACACUGGUAUCUUAGUUGUAAAUAGUGAAACAUUUGUCACCAGUGAUAAAGUGCUGGAAUUUUUGAAGGACUUAACCUUAUUCAAUUGAGUGAGUUCAAAAUUGUCCCUAUUACAAGAUCACUCUUGCUUGAUUUUAUAGAGAGAAAGCUGAGAGUAUUCUGGGCGUCCUAAGGAACCUCCUAGACUUUGGAAAAUGGCUUUGUUAGGAUGGGGAAGGAGACGGAAGUUGACAAUACUGAACCCCAGGGCAUAGUUCACAAGGUGUUGUACACUCACUUUCAGUUGUGGUUUCUGUUGAGGAAAAGAGGGAAGUUCUUCACCCUGCUUGGAUUCUACCUUUAACCCGUGGGAGUGUUCUCUGACACAUCCAAAAUACCAUCCAGACUCAAGAAACCAAGGUCCAAAACCAGGUCAAGAUGGGAUUUAUAUUUUCAAAAUCCAUGAGUGAAAACAUGAAAAACCAACAGGAGUUUAUGCUUAUGAAUGCUCGACUCCAGCUGGAAAGGCAGCUAAUGAUGCAGAAUGAAAUGAGAGAAAGACAAAUGGCCUUGCAGAUUGCUUGGUCUCGGGAAUUCCUUAAAUAUUUUGGAACUUUUUUUGGCAUUGCAGCCAUCUCUUUAACAGCUGGAGCAAUAAGAAGGAAGAAGCCAGCCUUCUUCUUCCCUAUUAUUCCAUUAAGCUUCGUCUUCACCUACCAAUAUGACUUAGGAUAUGGAACCCUUCUACAAAGAAUGAAAGUCCUACAGGAAACAACGCCAAGAACAGAAGCGAUCUGGGCCAACAUGCCGCACCUGCACUUGUCCCACCUGCUAAAAGUCUGGCUUUUACUACUGAGCCAGCUUCCCAGAGGGAUCCCAGCCCAGAACGAUGACAAGAUAAUUAAGGCUUGCAGCCGCGAGUUAGUCCGCCUACGUAUCCGGAUCUGCGGCUCUGUCUCCUGGGGGGAAAGGGCUCACCAGCAAGUGCGGGAACCUCGGCAGGCAUCAGAACCACUUGCAGAAGUCCUGCCAUCCUCCAUCAUCCAUACGAAAACCUUAAAUACAACGGUGGAACACAUUCCUAACUUGUCACAGGAGCUGAAGGCAGCACUGUCUGACAGGCAGCCAUCAAUAAGAGAGCUACGACUUGAUAUGGAAAGUUCAAAUCUUAAUUUGGAAGAAUUGAAGAAAGCUGUUCUUAGUGGACAAAAUGAAGCUGAAGACAAACGUCUUUCGGAAUUAGAAAACUCAGGCUUAGAUAAACAUUCCCGAAAAAAGAGACAGUCCUAUGUACACUUAAGUGAUAAGUGUUGUAAUUUAGGUUGUACCAGAAAAGAGCUUGCUGCACUAUGCUGAGAUGAAAGUAUUGUGUAUUUCAUCUAGUAUUUACAUGAUUCUUGAUGACACAUUCAGUGAUGCCUCUGUCACCCCACUGAUU